AUGACCACCAGCGCGUUAGCUGGGAUUUUUGCGGAGGCCACGUUGACGGUCGACGUGGCAAAGAAGCACGUCCGCGAAGCGGCCAACGUGGCUGUUGCUGACGCUGAAAGGGCCCCGCACGUGUUGCGGCGAGCAGCUGACGUGGAUGCGGACGACCCUGCCACGUGGCGCGAGCUCACGCUUCCGUCGCGAGGGUUUUCAAGGGUGGACAGCCUCGCGGCCUGCUCUCAGUUGACUCGCCUUGACUUGAGCGGAAACAACUUGACUUCGCUUGAGGGUCUCGCGUCCUGCGUGUCUCUGCGCUGGCUGGACAUCGCUAGCAACAGCGUCUCCUCGCUUCAGCCGCUCACGUCCCUCACAGCCCUCCUGGUCCUAAAAGCAAGCCACAACAUGGUGGCAGACGUCUCUCCUGUCACCCGCCUGGCGAAGCUGCAGGCGCUCAUUCUCAACAACAACCUGCUAGGCUCGCUCUGCAAUCUAGCUCCUCUCACUGCCCUCAACACGCUGGUGCUUUCCCACAAUGAGCUGCCUGCUCUCGGCAACUCCUUGCGUGGCCUCUCUGCCCUCAAGAAGCUCUCCCUGUCCAGCAACGGUCUCACAUCUCUCACCAACGAUCUCAGCGGAUGCAUGUCACUGGAGGAGCUGCGUCUGGCACACAACCACAUCUCGGUCCUCUCCCCCGCCCUCUCCUCCCUCACACGCCUCCGCAUCCUCGAUCUCUCCUCCAACCGAAUCCCCUCCCUCAAGCUCCUCUCCCUCGCCACGCUCGCUGCCUUCCCCCGCCUCUCCUCCCUCUCUGUCCGCGGCAACCCUCUGCUAGGGGACAAUCCUUCCAAGGUUGAAGCCCAGAUUCUCACGCACCUGCCUCGCUUGCGACUGUUAGAUUCGCGAAAGGUGGGGAAGGGAGGAGGGAGGGGGCGAGAGGCAGAGGGGGCUGGGCAGGAGUGUGAGGUUCUGGGUGAUAGCAGCGGAGAUGCUACUAUGGAGGAUGAGGAGGCGAAGGAAACGAAGGGAGAGGCGGGGAAAGGGAAGAAGAAUGGGCAGAAGAAGAAGCAGGGGAGUGAACAGGGGGAGGAAGAGGGGCAGAAGCAGGAGGAAGGGGGAAAGGAGGGGAAGCAGGAGAGGGAGAAGACUGCAGAGGUGGUUAAGGAGAAAGGAGAAGAGACUCACAGUGCUGCUGCUGGUGCUCGUGCUGUUGCUGGUGCUGCUGGUGAUGCUGCAGCGGAGGCGGAGGGGAAGAGCGCGAGGAGAGACAAGGCCAGGGCGGAAGAGGAGGCGAAGGUGAUGCAUGGGAGUGAACUGCUGCUGCAUGUGAUGGUGGACAGGAAGGGAGGGAAGAGGGAGGUGAAGGGGGGAAAUGAGGGAAAGGAAGGGGAAGCGAAGAGAGAAGGGAAGAAAGGAGGGGAUGGGAAAUGGGAGGUUGCGAAGGGGGUGAAGAGAAAGUCAGAAGUGGUGGUGGGGAGUGGGGUGGGGAAAGUGGAGGAGGAUGGUGUGUGGAUGGCAGAAGGCAGGGCGGGGUUGCCAGAGAUUAAGGCAGGGAAUGUCAGGGUAACAGAGAAGGUGAAGGGAAUGGAGAAGAUGGGGAAGAAAGGAGGCAUAGCGAAGGCGUUGAAGAGUGAGUGGAUUGACACGAUUGGGGAGGGAGGAGAGUCAGCUUGGGACUGA